AUGGCCCCGUUGCAUCUGUUCCUCGCGGCGCUAUAUACAGGGUUGACACUUGCUGCGCAAUGUCAGCCCAUCCAGCCAAAGUCGGAUCCGCAGACAGCGCCGGGCGUCAAGUUCAAGGUCCUGGCGAAUGAUCUGAGUAAGCCUCGGGGUGUCAUUGCUGAUCCCAAGGGGAAUCUGUUGGUGGUUGAGGCCGGGGCCAAGGGCGUUAGACGCAUUGAGUUGGAUGAUGGGAAGGGAUUGGACACUUGUAUCACGAAGAGCUCGUCCCUUAUUGACGAUAAGACUUUGAAUCACGGCAUUGAACUCUCAUCUGAUGGCAAAACGCUCUUUGUUUCAUCGUCCACUGAUGUUUAUGCCUAUGAUUACGAUGUUGAGAAGGGAACGGUGGGAAAGGCCAAGAAUAUUAUAACUGGGAUGGAUCAAGGCGGCCAUGCUACACGAACUCUCUUGAUUCCAAAGCACAACUCAAACUUGCUGCUCGUCUCCAGAGGAUCUGAUGGUAAUAUCGAUAAAGAUACGGUGGAAAUUGGGUCGGCCAAAAGCCAGAUCCGCAUUUUCAAGAUUGACCAUCUUCUCAAGAUCGAUAGCCCAGUCAGGUAUUCCGACGGAGAGGUGCUCGGAUGGGGGCUCAGAAACAGUGUGGGUGUGGCUGAAGAUCCCGUGACGGGAUAUGUUUGGUCUGUUGAAAAUUCCAUCGAUAAUAUGCAGCGGAAUGGCGUCGAUAUUCAUAACUCGAACCCCGGCGAAGAGCUCAAUUUCCAUGGGCUACCUAACGACACCAUCAGUGAAGUUUACGGCAAAAACUUUGGCUACCCAUCCUGCGUAGCUAUCUUUGACACCUCCAAUGUCAAAGGCUACCCAGGAGGAGCCAAGAUUGGUCUUCAAAUGGUGGGAGAUCAAAUGCCCAACAAUUAUACAGAUCAGUGGUGCCAGGAGGAUACCGUGUCUCCUUAUAUUACCUUUGGAUCUCACCUCGCGCCGCUGGACAUCAAAUUCAAUUGGCAAGGCUCGGCGGCCCUGAUUUCGUUCCACGGAAGCUGGAACCGCAAGCCUCCGAAUGGCUACCGCCUUAGCCGUGUAGCUUUUUCUGAAGGAUAUCCCAAAGCCGCCAAGAGCAGCCCCACGGCUGAGCAGGAACUGAUGUGGAACAAGGACAAUUCAGUAUGCCCCGAGAAGUGCUUCCGACCUGUUGGAUUGGCGUUUGGCGGAGAAGGGAAGAGACUAUUCAUGACCAGUGACUCGUCGGGCGAGCUGUAUCUCGUGCUGGGAACCGACAGUGACCAAUAUCGAAUCCCCCCUUUGAUUCAGCAGUCUGGGGCGUAA